AUGGUGUGGGAAUCAAACAUUGCAUCACAAUUUCUACAGUUCGAGUCAAACCUUGUGGUUAAUAGUCGGAAUCGCUCGCUUUUCGCGCUGGACUUGCAUACGUGGACUUAUCUCAAUCAUGGAGCAUUUGGAGCCCCGACACACGUGGCAAUCGAAGCUGCAAAAUACUGGAGGGCUCAGGCAGAUGCACAACCGCUGAAUUUUCACGAUCGAAAGCUGUUUCCACUCAUCGUACGGGCCAUAAAGUCUCUCGCAAAAUUCGUUGGCGUUUCGCAGCCGGAAGAACUAGUGCUACUUCCCAAUGCAACAGCAGGACUGCAUUCGGUGCUCGCAUCAGUACUGGCAGAAAAUUACGGUGAAAAGGAAAAGACAGUAGUGCUAUUCAACACGAGAUACGGCGCUGUGAGAAAGAUCUUACAAGCGCUAGAAGCCUCCAAUGAAAAUUUGCAUGUUCAUGAGGAACCCUUAAGUUUAAAAGAAGCUUAUGAUGAUCAAAAGGUGCUGACACGUCUGGAGCAGGCGUUAAAUGCUGUUGAAGGUUCGGGUCGUCACGUGACGCUCGUGGUCUUGGACCACAUUACAUCUAACACAGCUGUGAAAAUGCCCAUUGAAGAGAUAGUUCAAUGCUGUCAUGUUCGCGGCAGUGGCAUCCCUGUGCUCAUCGACGGCGCUCAUGGAUUGUUAAACGUGGCGCUUGAUCUUGAACAAAUUGGUGCCGAUUACUAUGUUGGCAACUGUCACAAGUGGUUCUGUGCGCCACGAGGUGCUGCUUUCUUGCAUGUUUUGAGGAACAAUGGACCUCGAAUACUGCCACGCGUAAUCUCGCAUGGAUUCGGUGACGGGAUGCAAAGUGAGUUUAUGUGGACGGGUUUGCAAGACUACAGUGCGUGGCUUGCGCUACCCCAGUGUCUCGCGUUCUGGCAACGCCAAGGUGUUGGUGAGACUCGGAUGUACAUGCAUUCACUAGUACAAGAAGCUGCUGAGUUACUCUACACGCGAUGGAACAUGCCAAAUCACCUUGAACAAGAGCAAGCCGUUCCAUUGCACAAACGUCACGCCAUGCGCUUAAUAGAAUUGCCAACUUCUCGGAGUCUUUGCGGUGGUGUUGUUGUGGAUCGAAAAAAUCCGCAAGCCACUUCAACGGAGGCCAAAAGGAUUCAAGAUAGUCUUCACUAUCACCAUCGCAUUGAAGUGCCUGUAAAAUGCAUAGAAAAGCGGCUGUACGUUCGUGUGUCAGCACAUGUGUACAAUUGUCUUGUGGAUUUCGAAAAACUUGCGACUGCUUUGAUGACUGGCUAA